AUGCAAGUUAGUGGUCUGGGUAGCAAUAAAAAAAUUUGUCUGGAAUCACAAGAAACAACUAAAAGCACAGAAGGAAGUGAGUUGAACAAUUGCUUUUCAUCACCUGAUAAUAAUAACAGUAAUGAUAAUACUGAAAUUGAUUAUGAAAUAAUUCAAAUUAAUGAAAAUAAUUGUACUCAAGCUGAAUCCAACAAAAUGGUUCCAGCUUUCAUACAACAAAAAUUUUUACAAAUAAUUGCAAGUUCAAAUGAUGAAGUUAAUGAACAAAGUAAAAAAAUUAAUUCUUCUAAAAGAGUAUUAGAUUUAGAAAUUGCUAGUGGUCUACAACCAAGAAUAACCAGUACAAGAGCCUUGAUCUGGUCUUCUUUGAAUAAGCGUCGGCGAAGAGCUUCUUUCACACUUUUGCGAGCUAUCCAAUCUGGUAACAUGGCACCAAGUUCACUAGCAUAG